AAACGAAAAGCCAACCUGUUGAGUGUCAGAGGGACGCGUUGAAGGCUGGGUGUGGGCACGCACAGUGGACCGAGGACGCUGCUUCAGAGAGUCACGCAUAGACAUCCGCUCGCUUUCUGCUGCUGAAUUUAACGAGUUUCAGGAUCAAAACAGAAUGAAGAUGUCAAAGAUCCUCACUUUGGUGUUUAUGACCUUUUUGUCCCUGGUGUCUGUCAACGCAGAGGCCACGAACUACAACGGAGAAGAAGCGUUUACAUUUGACUACCACAGGCUUCGGGUUGGAGGCCUCAUCUUGGCUGCUGUCCUCUGUCUCAUUGGCAUCACUAUCCUGCUCAGUGGUCACUGCAGGUGCAAGUUCAACCAGAACAAGAGAAGGAGGACAGGCAGCAACACUCAGCAGAUGCUCAACGACCAAGGUCGUGCCUGCGACUGCUAGACAACAACCUAAACACACCUACUUCUCAAACGUCCAGCCAACAGAAACCACAGAGCAGCAGCAGCAGCGGGAUUUAUAAGACCAAGCACAAGCUUUUGCUGUUAUUUAGAGAAAUCCACAGAGAGCAGUCGGCAUGCACCGGAUAUUAGGUGUGAGGCUUUCUGCCUGACAACUGAACUACUGACCUGCAGCCUGUUACACUCAGAAAUAUUGUGCAUAAAACUGUGUCGCUUUCAUUUCACUCAGCUGAACUCUUGUGUAUUUGGGAACCUGUUGGUCUGGGAUUUACUGAGAGACUCCAAACGUUUGUGUAAUUUUCCAAAAAGAGAGCAAACAUGUCACAAUUCAGCUUGUGUCGGCUGACUGAAAUGAAAGUGGCAUCGAUGAUAAUGCAAACAUACCACCAAAAAUGAUCGUAAAGCUCCCUGCAGGCUGUGUCUGUCGUCACUUCUGUCAUGUAUUCUCUAUGUGUGAGAUGAACACUGAUGUAGAUAUUAGUCAACAACCUAACCUGCAGUCUGUGUUUUGUGUCAAAUCUGUGGAGUGAGUGAUGUUCCUUCCCCAAGUUUCGUUUCAUGGAGGAGUGUAGUGGAUUGCACUGUUAAAUGAGUCCUGUUUCUAUAAAAUAACAGUUAAAACACA